AUGGACGGUCUCAGUUGGGAAGAUGAGUGGAGGGGCGGCGACCCAACCUGCAACGGUCAAUGCCAUUCUGGUGAGGUAGCUCUGCAAUCCUCCUUGUACGGCGACGGGGGCAAGUGCAUCGACGGCCGCAAGUUUUACUGCUGCAAGGCCGAGGCAAAAAUGCCCGAUUGUGGCUGGACUGACUGUGGUGGUUCCUGUCCUGACACUCACAACGAGAUGACAUGGGCAUACGACACCUGCAGCAAAAACAAGAAACGCAAGUUGUGCUGUAACAAGGAUGAAGGAUGGAAGAACUGCGCGUGGCACGGCAAGCCAGGCAGCUGUUUCGACAACCACUGCGAUACAGGUUGGCAAGUUGCUAUCACUACCUUGUAUGAAGGUGAGGGCGAAGGCUGCGGCUUCUGGCACCCCGAACGCCAGCGAAGCUAUUGCUGCGACCCUCCAGAUGGAGAGUCACCAUUCUUGCCAGUACCUCUCGAGUACUUGUUCUCGAAUCCACCCGAUGAAGCCGAAGCAGACACAGAAUUCACCCUCAAGACAGAUCCAACAUACGGUGGAAGCAACACUGUGCCAUUUGCAGAACAGCCAGACAAUGCACCCUUCGGCUUUGUUGUCCUCACCAGUCCAGACGAGAAACAAGUCUCUCUAGACAAACGUGACGGGUCUCAUUGGGAGGUUUUUGAUUGCUUCGAUCCCAUUACAGAGGGUGAACAUAUGGUGUGGAUGAUGUGUACAGACCAGAGCGAGGACUCCAACUGUCACAAGAUUCACCAUGGUCAUGGCGCUCCCGGCACCAUCAUUCAGAUGCCAGACGGAUGCGGACCAGGAAAGUACGCCGUGGUCAAAACUCUCGAGCCAAGCAGGAAUCAGAGCUUACCGCACCGUCUUGUGGAGAGAGGUUUAGCGGUGGUCGAUCCCAUAUACGACUUAACAUUCGACUAUCAUUUCAAGCGAGUACCUCGAGACCUGGGUAACACUCAAAUGAGAAUCGACUUCAGCAACGAGCCGGAGUACUGGAACAAUGUCGUGAAUAAGUCGGCCUCUAGCAGUAAACACAGAAAACGCACCCUGGAGGACGUCGGCGGUAGUCACAAACGCUGGCUGGAGGAAGAGUGGCGAGAAGACGCACACUUCGGAGCCCUCUCUCCUGAAGAACUCCACAAGCGAUGGUUUGGCAGUGACGUCGUGGCCUGGCUCAAGGGAAUCAUCAACGGUGUCUCCGGAGGACUUGACAUUAGUCACACCUAUUCGGACGAUUUCAUCCUCAAGAUUAUCGACCAGCGUCUGGAUUGCCCCAAUGUAGCGGCCAAGUCGGAAGUUAAAGCCGAGUGUCACAUUGAUGUCGACGUCAACUAUGGAUUUACCCUCGUUGCCACGUUGGGAAAUCCCGGAAGUGUUAUCGAUCUCAGCGACUCGUUUUUGUACUUCCGCACCAAGGGCGAAGUGGAUGCAAAGUUCGUCGUCGAUGCUGUAGUCACGGCCAUGUUCGAUACAGGUGACAUCAUGAUGUUUUCCCCCGACAAGUUUGGGGCUGCUUUUGCCGUGCCUGGUAUCGUCACUAUCGGACCCAACUUCAAACUCUUUGGAAGACUAGAGGGCGAAGCAACUCUAGGCGUCAAUUUUGAGAGCAAAGUCAAGCUGGCAGAGUGGGACAUUCGCCAAACGUACCCCGUGGCCAACAACGACUGGGAUCCAGAAGCAUCCAAAAGCCCAGACAAGAAGGGUACACAAAAUGUGCUGGAGCCUGAAUUUGAUUACGGCUUAACACUGGAAGGCCAUCUCACUGCUCACGUCAAGCCAACAAUCACCUUUGGUAUCGACUUCAACCAAGACUUCAUUCCAAUUGACACUUGUGCUGUCAAUCUUGUUGCCGACGGUCACGUUACUUUCCACGCCGAAUUGGAGCUCAAUAGCGGGUCCUCAUUCUGCUACGGUGUCGACGCUGUCGCCGAUCUCUAUGCAACGAUCGAAGCACCUUCGGAGUUCAGUUGGGCUCUUCCAAAUUCGCCAUUCCCUAUAGUUCCUAUCGAUGAUGUUCAACUCUAUCCUACUGGAGAACAGCAAGCUUGUAUCGAUAUACCUUUGAAGCGCGGACUCGACAGCAACUACCUCAAAGAGAACACGAGCACGAUAUCAUCCGGUCGAUCUCAGCGUCGGCGCUUCAUGACACUCGAUGAUGGGGAAAGCCAUCUCAACGCCCUUGGCAAGAGAGCACAAGUCUAUGGACCUUUGAUUCCUCGUCUAGAUGGCCUAAGCUGUCCCGGAGCCAUUGACGUAGGUAAUAUACCACCAUGUCCUCUAUGUUCAGACGACAGCAGCGAUCUCCAGAAGCGUGCAGAGUCAUGCUGGCUGGAUCCUUACGCAAAAGGAGUACCCUGCUCGUCGGACGUGACCGAAAAGCGCGAUCUCGAUUUCAUGCUCGCAGUGGACAAUGAAACCAUCUAUGAAGAUGUGGUCCGCAAACCGAUACCCUUUGAGCUCCGGAGCGAGCACCAUCUAGAACGCAGUCUUAUGAAGCGCACGGACAAGGUGCUUUCAUGGGAAGGCUAUGAUCUUCCAUGCGGAACCUACAAAUAUCGCUCAUUGGCAGCCAAGUCGGGUGGUGUGAAUAAAUGGUUCGGCUUCCGAGGCUCGGACAAACAAUGCGAGACGGCGAUAACCAAAAUGACUAUUCGUGAUAUAGACCCGUCGGACUAUGUCACGGAGCAUAUCUACGAGGUCCAAUUGCUGAGAUACUUUAUGCUAUGGCUCAUUAACGGCCCCCUUCCCACAGGGUACACAGCAGCAUCUCUAGACUGGGUUUCCAAUGUGAUCAUUGGCGGAGACUCUGCGUUUUUCCAAAUGACAUAUGGCCUAGGGGGCGACCAUAAUCCUGGCGGACUCGCACUCGCCCAGAAAGGCGUGAAUGGGCGCAAGGAAAACCUUUUCCACGGCGGAACACCCGAUUCCAGGAACGACUUUGAUGCAAACUUCAACUGGAACGGCCAAAGCCAAGAAAAUGUCGGUCAGCCGGGGCUCCCACAACGUGGUGCCAAUAAUCCCGUAGCAGGAAUGCGCGACUUGUUUUGCUACUGGAUCGACAUGUAUCUUAGAGACAUUGAAGCCAACGGUGUAACAUGGUGGAAUGCUGCAGAGGCACAGUCCUCUUACGGAAGCGACAAUGAUGGCGUCAAGUGGCUCAAGAACGUCAUGAAUGUAAAUGGGCCGAUCUCACCAACGACAAUGCGCUUCUUGCAUGCUCGGAAUCAGCACGGUCCCUUUGGUUCUAACAAUCAGCCAACUGUACGGUGGUUGGCGAGUAAUUAUGACGGUUUGUGGAUCGCGGGUAAUGGACCAGCAGGCCCGUUCUGA